AUGAAAAAAAUAAAAAACACACUUUUUAUAUUUGGUUCAGGUGAAUGUGGGCAGUUACCACCAGAAUAUUGCACUGACUAUGUUCAGGCAGAUCCGACACCUGUUCAUAACUUACCAAAUGAUAUUGAUGAAGUCGUAUGUGGAUCAAUGCACACCAUUAUAAAGACAAAAGAUGAUAAACUUUAUUCUUUUGGUUGUAAUGAUAUGGGUGUUCUAGGUAGAAAAACAGAUUCUAAUAAUACUAAGGAUCAUGAAUACUCCCCAACAUUAAUCAAUUUUACAUUUUCAUCAAAAAUAAAAAAAAUAACAUGUGGUGAUAAUCAUACAGCUAUUUUAUUAGAAAAUGGUAAAGUUUAUAUAACGGGUGGGUUUAGAGAUUACUGUGGUGUUCUAGGAUUACCAUCUUUCGAAAAAGAAAAUGAAAUAAUUUCAAAAUCAUUUGAAUUUAUUGAAAUUAAAUUCGAUUUUAUGAAAAAUACAAAUUCUGAUUCCUUAAGAAAUAAAAUCCAUGAUGGCCAUAACGAAAAUACUAAGUCAAGUGAAUUAAAAAAUGAUAAUGAACAUAAUAAUGUUAAAAUAAUUAAUAUAAUCUCCGGUGAAGAUCAUUUAAUAUGUCUUGAAGAAAGUCGUGAAUAUAUUUAUACAUUAGGAAAUAGUGACUCUUGCCAAGUGUGCAAUAAUUUUUAUGAUCAACAAAUUUCUGAAACUGAAAGAAGAAAGUACGUAUUUCCUAAUUGUUAUCACUAUAAAGACUUUGGUUUUGACACUAAAUUUAAAAAUAUUUAUUGUGGUGGUAAUAAUACUUUUGUUCAAUUAGAAGAAUCAUUGGAUGUAUUCGGUAUUGGUAGAAAUGCAUAUGGUUCUUGUGGUGUUUCUAUAAAAGACAACAUAAUAAAAAAGUUUCAAAAAAUAGAAAUUUUAUCAAAAAAAGAAAUAAAGCAAUUGUGUGGUGGUCAAAGUUUUACUGUAUGUUUAUUAAAAAAUAAUGAUUUGUAUACAUGGGGAAAUAGAGAAAUAUUAGGAAUAGAAAGUGAAGAAGAUGCUUAUUACCCAAUUGAAUUAGAUUUUUUUAAAAAAAACAACUAUAAAAUUAAAAAUAUUUCUUGUGGUACUGAUCACUGUUUAGUUCUAACAGAAAACGAAAAAUUAUUUGGAUGGGGAACCGGAGGAAAUGAAUUUGAUAUAAACACAAGUUUAGCAGUUAUUGAAAAAAAUAUUCCAUCUGAAAUUAAUUUUUUACACUUUGUUAAUAAAUUAAUCCCUAAUUCAAAAAAUGAUUCAAAUCUUCUUAUGAAUCCUGUUAAAAUUGUAUCCUUUUCUGGAGGUUCAUCCCAUUGUGCAUUUAUUUCAUCACAUAUUGACUCCGAAAAAGUUGCUAUAAAGAGAGCCCAUGAAGUAAUAGAUGAUGAGGUAACCUUCUCUAAAAAACAAAAAAUGGAAAAUCAUAUAGAAAAUGAAGAAAAAGAAAAAGAAAAAGAAAAAGAAAUAUUAGUCAAUGAACAGGAUAAAUCAAAUAAAUUAGAGGUACAAGAAAAUGAGGAAAAAAGGAUAGAAAAACCAAAAGUUAAUUAUAAUGAACAAGAAAAAAAAAAAGUAAAACAGGAAUUAGAAGAAAAUGAAGAUUCAGAAGUAGAGCAAAAGAAAAAUGAAAUAGUAAAAAUGUAUUUAGAAGAAAAAAAAAAGCAAAUACAAGGUUUAGAGGAAAAAAAAAGUAAAAUUGAAAGUGUUGAGGAAGAUGAAGAAGAAGAAAAAAAAAAAUUAGUAAAAGAAAAAUAUAUUAAUAAAGAUGAUGAAGACAAUUUUUUUAAAGAAACAUAUCAUACUCCAUUAACACAAAGUAAUAGAAAUUCAUCUCCAGCAAAAGAAGAAUUUCAAAGCGUAGAAAAUGAUAACGUAGUAAUCAAAGAAAACAAUUUAUUGAAUGAAAAUUUGCAAGAACAUUAUGAUAAUACCAAGUUAAAUGAAAAAAAUAAAAGAAAAAGAAGUAUAAGAAAUAAAUCUUAUUUAAGUAAUGAAAGCCCUACGAGAAAACAACCCAGAAGAUCUUGCAAAGAAAAUACCUCUUUAAAUGAAAAUGUGAAAAAAAAGCUAUACCAAAUAGUAGAAAAACCAAUUACAAAAAAGAAGAGAAGAACAGCGUCAACACCAAAAAGUAAAGAUACAACUUCUAAAACAAGGAAUGAAAAAAAAAAAUCUAAAUCUGUAAGUGCAAAAAAAGAAAAUGUAAGUAGAUCAAGUGCGAAAAAAGAAAAUUUUAAAAGAGAAUGUUUACAGCAAACACCUGAGCCUAAAGUGGCAAAGAGCAAGUCAUCAAGAACGAAAAGUUAA